UCUCCAUGUCUAUAUAUACAUUCCAAUCAAAACAGGCAAACAACCAAUCUCAUUGAGCUCUGAUCUUUUCUCACUCUUACGUUGUUGUUGUUUCUCUCCUAAGACAGUUGCUAAUGGGUGCUCUCGCAGAAGCCUAUAAACACAGCCUCCUCGACAAGCAACCUAUCCCCCUUGACUACGGCUCUGUCCGAACAUUGCCCGAGUCCCAUAUAUGGCUUGAUCAGUCCGACGAGUCUCCAUAUGUGGCCCACUCCACCGGCCCGAUAUCUCCGCCAGUUAUCGACCUCAUGGAUCCGGAUGCUCCGAGGCUCAUAAUCCAGGCAUGUGAGACAUGGGGUGUCUUUCAACUGAUAGGCCAUGGCAUUCCCACUAAACUUAUGGAGGAUGUGGAGUCUGAGGCUGAAAAAUUGUUUGGUCUACCAGUUGACCAAAAAUUGAAGGCCUUACGAUCUCCAGGUGGGGGUGCAGGAUACGGUCUCCCUCAUAUAUCGCCAUUUUUUAACAAGCAUAUGUGGCAUGAAGGGUUUACUAUCAUGGGGUCUCCGAUCUAUCAUACUAGGCAACUUUGGCCCCAGGCCUAUCAAGGGUUUUGUGAGACAAUGGUUGAUUAUCAGAACCAAUUGAAGGCGUUAACCGAGCAGCUAAUCCGCAUUAUCUUCAAAUCCUUGAACAUUAAUUCUGAAGAAGUAGAUUGGCUUAAGGACUCUCAAGGAUCAAGUACUGCUUUGCAGUUAAACUCUUACCCGGCAUGCCCCGACCCAACUCGAGCCAUGGGCCUAGCGCCCCACACAGACACAUCCCUAAUAACCAUUCUCCAAUCCAAAACCAGUGGCCUCCAAGUAUUCAAAGAGGGAGCCGGGUGGAUCCUGGUGCAACCCAUACCCGGUGCCCUCAUAGUUAACGUUGGUGACUUUCUCCACAUCCUCUCCAACGGGGUGUUUACAACUGUCCGUCAUCGUGUGGUGGUCACCCAUAUUCAACGGUUCUCCGCAGCCCAUUUCUAUGCUCCUCCAGGUGAUGUUAUAGUCUCUCCAGUGAUGUCCAAGGAUUUUGGUGAAGUGCCAAGGUACCGUUCUGUAUCAGUGAAAGGGUAUGUCGAGACCAAGGGCAAGCAUUUUGAAAAGGCGCUUUCUUUAAUUAAAAAAUAA